UUUUUAAUUUGUUUUUUUACAUGUUUGUUGCGCAUCUCCACGUGUGUUCGCGGUAAACGCACGCGGACGAGGCUAUAUCGCGGCAGUAAAUUGCAUUGUUUUCUUUUUUAUCGCAUCUUGUGUUGUCGUGACGAGCUGUGGAAGACGCCUGGCCGCACGAGCCCGCUGAUACUCGGUGAUCUUCGGUGGCGGUGACAGAAGACGCGUUUGGAUAUGUCGGAAGUAUUGCCUUUCAACGAGGACAAAAUGAGUCACUACGAAGGCGACGAGGGACACCUUUCGUUCACCUGCCGUCUGCAAGACACCAACAACUUCUUAUGCGGAGCCCAGAACAAGCGCCCGCCGAAGCUGGGCCAGAUAGGCAGGAGCAAGCGAGUGAUUGAAGAUGAAAAUGCAGAGGAGGACGCACAGCAAAACGGGACAGAGAAAACUCCAGCAGAGGCUUAGACCGUGCUCCAUUCAAACUACCCCUUCUUCUACCCCUCUGACCCCAUCCCCCUCUCCCUCCCUCUGUCCCGUCCUCCCUCCCUCUCCUCCAGACAUUUUCUACCAGUUUGAAUCCAAAGACACUGUACAUAAGCACUUUUUUCAUGGGGCAGCAAGCGACACUUCCAGCCAUGACCACCGGGACCCUCCCUCCUCCAGAUCUUCACCCACACACAGACAGUCUACUCCAGGAGACAUAUUAUGCAUCUCUGUGGCAUUUUCAAACAGUUAUGGACUCAUGUUUUUGCAUUGGUGUUUAAUUUUUUAACUCAAUAUAACAAAGUAUUCUAGUGGAUCGCUCACUACGUUUACAAGUAUGCAGAGAAAACCACAUCUCAGCUCUAAUCUGAUUUGGAGGAGCUGCUAUUCAGAUUUGCCAGUGUUAUCUGAUUAAGCCACAAGCAGUGUUGGGAAGUAACUAAAUAUGGACAAGAAAACGUCUCAGUACAAUUACACUUCAAUGUGGUGGCAUUCAGAGUGCAAUUACACACAAUUAAAGGGAUACAUUGCAGUACUUGAAAUGAAAUUCCUGCUGUAAACUGCGUGGAAGUGAAAAACAAUGAAAAUCUGCUCUUGUGGUGAGUGAAUGUGCAAUUUUUUCAUCCUUAAAGGCACUGUACCUGAUUUUUACUCUCAUAAAAACCAUGUGAACAACAGAACUAGUUGAUUUGAGACAGUUUGCAGUGGUCCAAAUUGAUCUCUCACUUACCUUAUGCAUUCAGGGCAUCCUAAUUAUUCACCGUGAUGAGUUUACAGUAUAAGCACUAGGGAUGUAACAACAGCCAAAUUAUCGUGAUAUUGUAUUGUCAAAAGUCUCUCAGUAAUAUCGUGGAUCAUCACAAUAUAUUGAAUCACAAGUGUCUGUGCUUAAAUUCAUUGUUAUGGUGCAGCAACAGCUAAAAGAAACAAAAGGAACUACAUAGACCACAAUUCUUUGCUGUGUUUCAGUCCAAUUUACAUAAUGAAAUAACUUAUGAAGCACUUUUAAAGCUUAAGUCUUUGAUUUACGACAGAACCAAAGGCUUAUCAAGGCAUUUUAAAGGAAAUGGUAGUAUAUUCACAAUGUUGUUAGCCUUCACAAAAUAUCACAAUAAAUAUUGUACCGUGACAUCCAUAUCGACAAAGUAUCGAACUGAGAAAUUUGGAUAUUGUUACAUCCCUAAUAAGCACUUUUCACAACUUUUGCUGCCAUGUUAAUGCUAACAACAACUAGCAUCACAGCACACUUUCUGAUUCUCGGACAAUAAAAUGAUUUAUAAUUAGAAGCAGCCAGUACACAGCAGACUUAUUUUGACCUAAAAACUUGCUUAUACAAUAUUGAAAUACAUCAGAGUUACAUUUUCAAAGUAUUCUUCCCAACACUGGUUAGAAGAGGCAUUCAACUGCACAGGGCAAGAAACAGCCAGGAAAAUAUCAGAUGUGUUUUGAAUAUAGCAGUUAUAGCUUCUAAAGUUAUAAUGCUACAUUACUAGACGCCCCUGAACGUCUCUCAGUUCCCUGGUUGUAGUUGUUUCCUUUCGGGGCUGCAUGCAAAUUUCAAAACAGUGAUCUAACUAUGGAGAAAUCAGACUAUAAUCGGAGAACAAGAGUAGCCGGAUUACUCUGCGUAAGGUAAACGUAGUGAAUGCAUAUUUCACGGAUUAGGUGAACAAUGGGGACAAAAAGGCAACAGAUCGAUGCUUUGAAGUGGCCGGAAUGAGUCCAGCGAUGAUGUAUGGAUUUUUAAAAGAAAGACGAGCAAUUCACCUUUUAAUUUCAACGAUUAAUUUUGAGGAGACAGCACUUCUCAGAAAUGGGAUUACUCAAGCAAGCAAGAACAAACCAAAACUCCAGAGGUGUUUUUGACAAAGAACCGACAUGGUGGAACGGUUCAUUUUCUUUUUUUUGCAUAAUAUGUCUCCUUUAAACAAUCUUGAACCCAGGUUUUUGGCCAUAGAGACGUGCAUUUUUCAAAGAUCCAAUAUGGAGAACGAGGAGGAAGAAGAGGAGAAAACAGGAACAGCGCUGUUGAAAAUGCAGAAAUCAGGGACAGGAAAGACUAACUAACUUUAAAGCACACAAAUGUAUUAAUCAGAAGUUCCUAUACUGGUCAUUUUGAAGGAACGGUGUGUAAAUAUAUGGAAAAGGUAGCUGAUAUUUUAUUGCACAGAAGUUGGACCGAUGUUUUGUGAAAAUACUGAUUAUUUAUUGAAGUAAAUGAGGCUAGAGGAGCGUCUGAGUGAGUGAAUGUGAUUUUCCAUGUUCUGGGGGUGUCCCAUGAAGAAAGCCUGACUUAUUUGAACACGUCGAGCUUAAGUUGUUCUUAUGUUUGUCCCGUUGAUACUUCACAGCAGAUGUCAUCAACAUUCCCUGGGAAUGAGGCUCACUGGAAGCUCUGCUCUGUCUGAAGGUGUGUUACUCAAGUUAGACUUUAAUCUGAUCUUUUUUUUGACACAAUCUGACCAUAAAGAAGGACCUUAGCGGGAACUAUCACACUGGAACACUUGUAUUGACCACAAGCUCCUGAAAAUGUGCUCUUGUCCAUUUUGUAGUUUUCUUGAGUUUUUAGACAAUCUAAAAACUUCUCAAGCAGUGUUUGCUCAAUUGUGCAUUGUAUCACCAUGGAAACAGCUUAACAUUCCCCCAUAGACAUACAUAGAACUCCCCCAGUCACUGCAAAGUAGUGUUGUAGUACUUGAGACCGGUCUUGAUCUCGAGACUGGCCUCUUGAUGACGUUUCUGACUCAACCAUGUUUGGACUCGGUCCUGUCUCGGUCUUGAAGGUGCUUGGGCUCAGUCUUGUCUCGGUCUCGAGAUCUGAUACUCUACGAGUGAUAAAAUAGAGACAGAUUUAUAAAAACGUUAAUAUAUUUGUUCCAAAAUAACUGUAAAAUACAAACAAAUGUAGAAAACGACAAAGAUGGUCUCAUUUUGAUCUCUCUCAUCUCAUUUCAUCUUGGCCUCGGCCUUUAAAAGUCUUGGUCUUGUCUCGGUCUUGGGACCCUGUGGUCUCGGACAGGUCUUGAGCUCGAUUGGUGAGAUCUUGACUACAACACUACUGCAAAGUAUAAGCACUUGUACUGUAGGUUUAACCAAGUCUGGAUCAAAUUCAGUCAGUCAGACUAACAUUUCUUUGCAGUUCUUAGUUCCUGAAUUGAAGCAAAACAUGAGCUGACUUCUACUGGUUCUCCAUAUUGUUUGGGGAUAGAUUUGUAUUUAAAGCAGAGGAGAUGGAGAGUAAGUCAGAGUGCAGUUACUUCAAAAUACUCAAGAAGAAGUACAAAGUAGUGGUCCUUGAAACACAAAUGCUGAAAUUAUUUCAGAUUGUCCAUAUAAAACUUUUGACACUCACAGUGGGAAGAGGAACCACACAUUUUUCUCAAGUAAGAGUACUGUUACACUGUACUAUUUAAAGUACUCAAAUAACAUUACAGUUCCUCUCUCUGUCCCCAAACAAAUAUUUCAGAUUUUAAACUUUUCUACCCCUUCACCAAUUGCAGUAGCUUCCUGUAGCCAUUUAAAGGCACUGUACCUGAUUUUGUCUUCAGUUUGCUGUGGUCUAGAGUUCUUCCUCACUUACAUUAUGCGUUCUGAGCGUCCUCAUUAUUCACCACGACAAGGUUUUCACAGCUUUAGACUAGAUCAGAGCAGAGUUUUGCCAUCACUGUAAAACUAACUACAACUAGCAUGCCAACAGCGUACUUUCUGAUUCUUGCACAAUAUAACAUAACAAUAUAACAGUAGACAGGUGACUUCUUUUGACCUUAAGAGGUGCUUAUACAAUAGAUCUAUAUCUGAACUGGGGCAAGACACAUUUUGCUAAAAAAAAACCAAAAAAACCAAAAAAACAACAACAACAACAACAACAAAAAACAGGUACAGUCCUUGAACCCCCAGACCCCUCCACCCCCUUCCUCCUCCUGCUUCAUGGGAUGCCCCUGGUGGUGGUGUGCGAUGCUGCGGUCUGAGUGCUUUUGUUACAUUUGCGGCCGAGCUCAUUUCUACGAUGUACCUCGUGCAGUUUGUAAAGCCCAGGACUGAGGGCCCUUGAUACUGUAACACUGAUACUUGUACACAGAAUAUUUAUAUGUGUGCAUAUGAUUACUAUUGUGUGUGUGCCAAAACCUCACGCAGGAACUACUACGAUCAAGCUCUUUCAUUUCACUGUGUUGAUUUAUUGUGCUGUUUAUGGGGGGUUGUUUUGUGUCUUUAUGCACCUUCUGCCUGAUUAUUACACUUGUAUUAUGGUUUGUGUUAGACACUCGGCUCUGGACCCUACUCUGUAUAUAUGGACAUGUAGCUCUGGUUAUCACAGUAACAUAUCUGUUGCUAUAAUGUCUAAAAUGUUUUGACAGUCUUAUGUUUGUUUCUUUUUUAAAGUUACUUCUGUUACACGUUAACUACGAAAGCAUUUGACAAACCCUAACCUUACCCUUACUUUAACAUCACACAGUUUAAUCCUGCUUCUAAACUUAACUAAACCUUGAUCAUAACCAUUCCUUUCACCCAGACCUUAACCAGAACCUGCUUCAUCACUUCUAAUCUUUUCUAAUGAGCAUCAGAGCCGAGCAUCCCUCCAGAGUCCAGACCCGACCCUCUACCAUGAGCCUUGUAUUAUUUUACAUGGAGCUGCUGAUGUUGAUGUGUUCUAUACAGACUCCAAAGCUGUUUUAAAGCUCCCUGAGUGUCAGUGCACUGACAUGUGAUCACAUGGACACUGGAAAUAUUACACAAACACACUGACUUUAUCAGAUUUUCG